CCCCUUUGUUCUCCACCUUCAGAUCGUUUUGUUGACAUUAUCCUAGAUGAAAAUAUGCACUCGCACUUCCUUCUUACAUUUCAUUCCUAGGUUUUCUUCUCAACACAAUCAACCAAAUCGAAUCGAUCCUAUGUGUUUUUCCUCUCCAGCUCGUCCCCAUCGCCACCCUCUCCGGCUCGUCCUCUUCGGCGUUUCUCAAUCCAUACCCCUCACAACUAUCCCUUUGGUUUAACAAAUUUGGUUCCCGCUAGCCCAAAUCGUUUACCGUUUCUUGUGUCCUCGCUAACCAAUCAACCGGUCAAAUGGAGCUGGAGAAAGCGGUGGUUUAGGAUGAGUUUUCGGCUCUUCAGCGCCCCGAUUCGCUCGGCCGUUUUGGUAAGUAUGGUGGGAAAUAUAUUCCUAAAACUCUAAUGUUCGCUCUCUCCGAGCUUGAAUCAGCUUUUAAAGCCCUAACUACCGAUCAUGAGUUCCAGGUGCUAGCUAUAGUCAUGGAGCCCUACAACAGUUUUGUCCAGUAUUCAACAUAUAUUUGUGGGAAUAGAAGAUUUUUACAUAUUCUCCGUCUGUGGGAGCCAACAAACCAUUACUGUCAGCUGACUCAAGAGUCUUGGUCAAACCUGGCGAGCGAGACUUCACCUCAAUGGACAAUGAAGGCUAUUUGUGUCCAAAUACCAAAAUUGGUUCGGACGAUUGGCGCAUCACCUCAGCUUCUUGAAAUUAUUUCAGAUCCAAGAUCCACGUGCUGGAAGCGAGAUCCUUCUGAUGCAGGUUGUGCAAACACUAACAGAUGGGGCAAUUCCUUCACCCGACUCGAUCUCAUAUUCGAACUUUGGGCUGCAUACCUCUAAGUCGAAACUUCGAAAAAUCAUAACUUCCUCAUAUGAAGUCAGAUUUAGACAUUCUUUUUAUGUACGCUCUCGGUUUAACGUAUUCUACGAAUUUCGUUUAGAUUACUAAGGCUAAAUAUUGCUCUAUCGUAAAUUCACUAUUUACGUCACGCAUUGUCGUACCGAU